AUGGUUUAUCGAAAGCGGCACUUACUCGUUACUUUGCGUUAUUGUUCGUGUUGGUUCCGGAGGUUGCGUACUUUUUCAGAAAUCACUUUAAAAUGUUGGUUAUCAGAACUUACGCGUUUCAGAUGCCAUCGCAUCGGCCAACGUCAUCCCGUUCUGAUUGUGCGCCUAGUCACGGCGGAUACUAUAGACGAGACGAUACUGCAAAGGGCGCACAUCAAACGCGGACUUGAACGUCUGGUACUUUCGAGUGUGUCCCACUCCGAAAUCUCUACUCCACCGUCACGUGAGUCCUCUUCUCCUUCGCUUCGAUGGAAACGACUACGCAACUAUCUACACGACCCACAGAACACGGCACUUGGUCUGUCAAGUGUGGAAAUUGAACGCUUACUUUGUGGCAAGGACUACGAUAAGGAGGUGACUCAGGUGGAACACAUUUCGGACGAUGCAUUGCACAGCCUUUUGAAUCGUUCUGACUUGUACAUGGAAUGGGAACGAUUGAAAUCUGGCGAAUCUUCGCGCAACACCAUACUCUGCGAGCCUGACCUUGAUUAUGAAUCCAACGAUGUGGAGCAUUGCGGUCCACCAACGGUACCUCCUUCAUCCAAGUUCGAUCCCUCGAAUCUGUCCCCUUUGCCAUCCUCUUGUCGAAAUUCGAAACGACGCAUGACAGACUAUUCCGGUUUGUUGCAAUCCCCCUCACUGAACCUCACCAAUUCUGCACCCUUGUCGGGGAAUCAUGUAGAGUGUACCACCACUUACAACAAGGAUCUCCAGCCGUUUCUUUCGUUACCCGAUUCGCAGACUGACUUCGGUUGGUCCCCCGAACCAUGAUUGUUUUACUCGUUCCGCAGCUACGCGAUUGAACCUGAUGUUUUGG